AUGGAGAAAGUGGGAAAUGGGAAACAAUCUGCCGAUCUCCUAUUUGGACAGUACUUUAGCUCCUGCUCCCAGAAAAACACCAAAGUCCACACAGCAUCUCUGCGCCCCGUAAACCAACAAUCGUCUCAAUCGACUUGCGAUGAGGAGUCGGGGCUUCCGGAUCCGACUCAAUUACCGGGGUUCUUGGAUCGUUACGUCUCGUUCUCGAAGCAAGAUAGUUUCCGGACCCGAAGUGACACGGUCCCUCCAGAUAAGGGGCCCAUGUUGACGACAUGCGGCCAACACCACACAGCCGCGUCGCGCAGCGGGACCGCGAGCUGUAUAAGGACGUCCCAGGAGAACGUCAAGGCAGGCGCCUCUUCAGAACCUGAUGUACCGGUGCGUAGCGGGAGGACUCGUGGCAAUCCCAGCCAACAAAUAACCAAGGUAUCGGCAGAACGACCCGGACUCGACGAUCGGACGCGUGAGUGGCACAUGUCCAGAGCCGGCGUCGCAUCGCACAUUCAAGCCCACAGGCCGGUUUUUCCGCGACGAGGAGCCUUUGUAGCUCCAUCAUUAACUAUCGCGCGUCGGGAACGGCAGGACCUAUCACCGUCUCAAAGAAAGGAAACACUUUGCGCCCAACGACGCGCUCGAAGCCGACAAAUUGGACCUUCAACACUACCUGUUCCUUCUGACAUUCGAAAGCAGGCUCGGGUUCGCACCCCCAAACGACCUUGA